AUGUCGAUCGACGACAGAGAUGAAUACGCGUUAGAGGCGGAGGCACGACUCAAGGCUCCCCUCGAAUGGGAAUCAACGGCCAAAUACAAAAUAAUAGACCUAAAGGAGUCACAGUACGACGAAGCUUUACGUCUGAUCAAACAUCACUUUUUCCGCGAGGAGCCUAUGUGCAAAGCGUCCUCGUUGCUCGAUGAUCCAACGUCCGUGAACGAUUAUCUGGAAUUUAUAAGAACGUGGAUGAACGACACAACGAGCAUAGUCGCCCUUAGUAUUAAAUCUGGUCGCGUUAUCGGAGUUGCUGUCACGAGAGUCAACAGCAAGCCCGAGAAAACGGAUACUUAUCAGCGUGUUCAGGUGUUAAAAGGAGAAACUCUACGGAAGAUCAUGCAUUUGCAAAACACGCUUAUGCAGCAAACGAACGCACACGAAAAGUUCAAACAUUCGAAAUAUUUUUGUAUAUACAUUUUAUGCGUGCAUCCAUCUUAUAAAGAGAAAAGUGUCGAGAUCGCGCUUAUGAACGCUUGCGUUCAGGUAGCGUUGAGCUUAAAGAUGCACGCGAUCGGUGGUGUUUUCACUUGUGGUAUGAGCCAAGCAAGGGCAAGAAGUAUGGGUUUUCAACUUCUCUCGGAAAUUCGUUACAGUUUGUGGCUCGUUAACGAACAAGUUGUAUUCGAUGAUCCGGGAAGAGGAAAUUAUUCGGCUGCUUUCAUGGGGAAGCCGAUAAAAUCAGAAGAGAAUCCAAAACAUCACAAAUUAUCAACCGUCGAUACCGAUACGAAAUAA